AUGAACCAUAUUCAAGUUGAGGACUGCUUUGAUUUCUCACAUUUUGAUAAUUUCUCACAAUCCUCACAUAUUUCCCAACUCGUGGAUGAUAUCUUUCAAAAAUAUCCUGUUUUAUUAAAGCUAUUCAGCUUUCGAGAUAGUUUUUACUCCUCAAUUGAUGAUACCUCUAUUGCAACAAAGCUUUCACUAUUAACUGAGGAAAUCAACAAAAUGAUCAACGAAUGUUCGAAUAAUCUUUUAUUUACAAACGGCAUUGUUGACCAAAUCGCAGUAGUGUGUAAUAAGCAAGUUAAUUUCGUAAAUUUUCUUCUCUACAAACAUAAUGAAAUAGUCGAAACAACAAAUCAAGUCCUCCAAGAUUACAAAGCUCAACGAAGUUCAACUAAUGUAAUAGAAACCCAAUAUCCAAAUAUUUCUUCUUCUGCCAGUAAUAUUGAGGCUUAUUUGAAUUGUGCGUUCGAAAAAUCCAAAAAAACACGCGAUCGAAUUGAUCCUGAAACUACAUUAUGGCUCAUCAAAUACCUACUCGAUAACGAUUUCGAAAAACCGCCUAAAAAUCACGUAACCUUGCUUUCAUAUUGGACUAAUGUUCCUGAGGAAGACAUUAAUCGAUGGUAUAUUAGAACAAAUCAUAAUUAUCUUAAAGCCGACAAAAAACCUCGUAAUGGGUUAAUUGAUCGCGCUUUUAAGUACGGCCGACAAUUAGGAAAAGCUCGAAUAACAAAACUUAAUAAUGGUGCUAUUUUAAAUUCUAUCGGUGCUGAUAGGGGAGGAAGAAAAAAAGCUAAACAAGUUCGGCAAAAAGCGAAUAGAAUUUAA